GUUGUUACAGGAAGUGUAAGGGGUGUUUCCAGCUGAUCUGCACAACAGAAGGACCACAGUCUCCCUGUGUUACCCGACCUACCUGCUCUUCUCUCCGGCCCCACAUUGAGGAGGAGACCGGUACUAGACACCGACCCGUCUGUACCGUCAUAUCGGGGCUCUUGUUAGGGAUUAAACACAGGAAGGGUCGGGAGGGGGGGUCCUCGGUGGCCUCCGCUCCGCUUUAGCCGUCAGUUAGCUACCGUCAACCGGUGGAGGUUCGGUCGCCGUUAGCUCGGACUGUCAUGAUCCCAGCUCGGAGAUGGCGUCCUUCCCCGGUUUGUGUAAGGCUGUCGGGCCCGCGGAGGAGGAGAACGGAGAGCUGGACCAGUCUCUGCAGCAGAUGCUGAAGGCCAUCACCGACGAGAGGAACCGACUUAACAUCCGACAGGAGAUCAGCGGACUGGGCUGUUUUAAAGAUGACCGUAUUGUUUUUUGGACCUGGAUGUUUUCCACCUACUUCAUGGAGAAAUGGGCUCCUCGACAGGAUGACAUGCUGUUCUAUGUCCGCAGGAAACUCUCCUACGUCAGUGCAGACAACACUGAAGGCAAAAAGGUGGAGGUGGAGGUUUACAGGAGAGACUCUAAGAAACUACCCGGCCUCGGUGACCCCGACAUCGACUGGGAGGAGAGCGUCUACUUGAACCUUAUCCUGCAGAAGUUGGACUAUGUGGUGACAUGUGCCGUCUGCACACGCUCAGAUGCAGGUGAUAUCCACAUCCACAAGAAGAAAUGUCAGGAAGUCUUCGCAUCUCCCAGCAAACAUGCCAUGGACAGCAAAGGCGAGGAAUCCAAAAUGAGCUAUCCAAACAUCUUUUUUAUGAUUGAUAACUUUGAGGAGGUGUUCAGUGAUAUGACGGUGGGCGAGGGGGAGAUGGUAUGUGUGGAGCUGGUAGCAAGUGACAAAAGUAACACCUUCCAGGGAGUCAUCUUCCAGGGCUCCAUCCGCUACGAGGCACUGAAGAAGGUCUACGACAACAGGGUGAGCGUUGCUGCUAAAAUGGCCCAGCGGAUGUCGUUUGGCUUCUACAAAUAUAACAACAUGGAGUUUGUGAGGAUGAAAGGUCCGCAGGGCAAAGGUCAUGCAGAGAUGGCUGUUAGCAGGGUGCCAACAGGUGAUACUUCCCCCUAUGGUACAGAGGAAGACCAGGUGUCACCGAUGCACGAAAGGGUGACUUCCUUCAGCACACCUCCAACCCCUGAGAGAAACCGACCCUCCUUCUUCUCGCCGUCUCUGCGUCGUAAAAUGCCUCGAAACCGAAUUGCAGAGAUGAAGAAGUCUCACUCUGCCAAUGACAGCGAGGAAUUCUUCAGGGAAGAGGAGGACGAAGAUCUUCACACCACCACCAACCUGCGCUCCCGCUCUCUGUCGGGGACGGGACGUUCACUUGUCGGUUCUUGGCUCAAACUGAACCGGACUGAAGACUUCUUCCUGCUUUACUCCCACCUGACCUACGUCACGCUGCCACUGCAUCGCAUCACCACAGACAUCCUGGAGGUUCGGCAGAAGCCCAUCCUGAUGACAUAGCAGGGCUCGACUCCCUCAGAGCAUCAUUACCAAGUGCCUCCCUGCAUCAGGCCACUGAGACAACAGCGCCACCCGGAGUCGAGACAGACAACAACCAAUAUCUGCUGGACACAGAGGAGGGGACGAUCAAACUCCAACCAGCCAUUCAAGAAGUGCCUCUUCCUUCUUUUAAUUUCCUGCAGUUUGGACGGGUGGUCAUCUCUAUGGAAACAGCUGUCAGGAUCACAUGACCUCAGUGUGAAAAGGCAUUGGCUGAACUCUGACCAGGAAGGAAACAGAUGAGAAGAAUGUGUGUUUUCUUGUAAAUAUCCUGCUGCUUUCCUCACUGAGACGCCUCGACUAGCGAAUUACUCUGCGAUCUGUUUGACUCUGUUUUGUUUUUGUUUUUUUUGUUUGUUUUUUUUAUCUACGACAGCACUAGGUCAGUAGGAUUCUGCAUCUGGAUUGUUUUAAGUGAAAUGUGUUUUUGUCUAAGAGGGAAAAGUAACAUAUAGACCCAGCAUAGUGUUGAUGCUUUUAGCAAACAGCAGACUAGGUCGCGGUGGGGUCAAAUCCAUCAUCUGAUCAAAAAUAGCAGAAUUUACAUAUUAUAUUCAGUCUAACAUAUACCAAAUAUUCAACUGUAUUAUAUAAUUUGAAAUAUACACAGAUUUGAUAAAAUAGGUAUAAAACACAUUUUGUUUAAUGCUGAAUUAUUUACCUGUACUGGAAAUAGAAGUGGUUUGUAUAGCUUCUCUAACAAGUACCCUGACAAAAUAAAACAUUUAGUUUAGUCUGAAGUCAUUCCACCACUUUGAUUCAGACUAAACUAUCUUAAAACUUUUCACAUAUUUACUUUCCCCUUGAAAUAUAAUGGUAACUUUGACUUCCUCUGACUUUUCCAUCAUCUGGUCAAAAUGCGUCGAAUACAUUAGUCAUAAUCACAGACUGAGACAGGUGUCAUACCAAAUGGUGCCAUAGGUUUCUGUAAAAGCAGUUAAUUACAGAUGUUAUGGCAUGCUUUUUUGAAGGUUUUUCCGUAAUACUCAAAGACUCUUAUUAACAACUUGAUCAUAGACUGUAAUAAAAAAA